AUGCGCACUAUACAGGCCCUCAGAAGAUCUAUUAAAGGCGACAAGGAUAAACCUCAGGUGUCUAUCGCACCUAAAUCCGCCGUCGCUAUCGUUCCCCCGAAAAAGGUUAUUCGAGCUCUCUACGAUUAUGAAGCGACAUCCGAUCAGGAAUUAAGUUUCUCUCGCGGCGAUUUUUUCCAUGUUAUUGGCCGCGAAGAUGAUUCCGACUGGUACGAAGCCUGCAAUCCAGCUCUUCCUGAUGCUCGCGGUCUUGUUCCGGUAGCAUUCUUCCAAGCUCUUGGACGUACCGAAAGGGACAGUGGCCAAUCUGACCCCGGCCAUCCAUUAGCACCCAAGAAGGAUGAUCACGAUUCCGGCUUCUCCGAGACUAACACAUCAACUGUCCCCGCAACUCCAGCACUUAGUCACCGUAGCUCUAAGUCGGUUAGCAAGAAUGGCGCCAUGGUGUAUGGGAUAGUCAUGUACGACUUCGAGGCAGAGAGGGCCGACGAGCUGGAAGCGAAAGCCGGUGAGGCGAUCAUUGUGAUCGCGCAAUCUAACCCAGAAUGGUUUGUUGCGAAGCCAAUUGGUCGCCUUGGUGGUCCCGGUCUUAUUCCUGUCUCGUUUGUGGAAAUUCGAGAUAUGUCAACCAAUACAGCCGUACCGAAUCCCCAGGAUGCUGUGAGACGAGCUGGAAUACCAAAGGUGGAAGAAUGGAAGAAAAUGGCGGCCGAUUACAAGAAUAGUAGCAUCACGUUAGGCAAAUUCGAGGGAGGUCAGCACCCAGGUUUGGAACAAGGCAUGGAGCGCAUGAGCAUUCAACAAGGUGGAAUGCGCCAGAGCCAGCAGCAGAGCACUUCGCCGCAAUUCAGCGGAUACCAACAACAGACCCAGCAACAGCAGCAGCAGCAGCGAAAUACGAUGCAACAGAACCAAUAUGCCUCCAAAUCUACCUCACAGUUAUAUGCCCCUAUUUCGGCUCGUAUACCACGAUACUGCUUUGCCGAAGAGAAAUAUUGGUUCGUAAUCGAGGCAACUCUGGAAGAUGGCCGACACUGGGAGCUUUCGCGCUAUUACGAAGAUUUUUAUGACUUUCAAAUUGCCCUUCUCACGGAAUUCCCGGCCGAGGCUGGUAAUACGGGAACUCAGAAGCGGACGCUACCGUAUAUGCCCGGCCCCGUUAAUUACGUGACCGAUGCGAUCACGGAGGCGCGAUUGCAUAAUCUAGAUGCAUAUGUGAAGAAUUUAUUAGGACAGCCGCCAUAUAUCUCCAAAUGUAAUCUGGUAAAGCAAUUUUUUGCGCCACGGGAAGGCGACUACGAGAUUGACCCUCCUUCUAAUGGAGACGAAUAUAGACUAUCUGGCGGGUCACGUUCUUCUGUCGAUUCGCCUAGGGAUGGCAAUUCUCGACAGUCCUCUAGGAACAAUCUUAACGGAAACGGAUAUUCAGGAUUAUCAGCGGCCCCUAGACAGAUGCAGAACGGGCAAUCGCAGAUGACCCGGCAAGCGUCGUCGCUUUCCCAGCCGUCACAGACAUCAUUAUCGCCAGGGAUGACCCAAGGACAGCAGUCUUUCAAGGUCAAACUACACUUCAACGACGAUACGUUCCUAAUCCGCGUGCCCUCCGAUAUUAACUUCCAGCAACUAUUCGAAAGAAUUAAGGAACGGACCAAAGUGUCCGGCGCAGACCAAAUUCAACUUUCCUACCGAGACGAGCAGAGUGGCGAUAAGCUCAGCCUACUGAGCAACAACGACCUUAAUUAUGCCCUGGAGCACAAUGAGAAGCUUGUCGUUUUCGUUGAUCAAGUAUAG